AAGUGGGCGGAGGAGGCCCAGGCGCUGAGAUCACCGGCGGUAUAAAAAGAAGCGCGCUGGGCGCGGCCUCCUUCAGUCGGGGCGGACGUCACGAGAAGGGCUUCUUCCGAAGGCUGCGCUUCGCAAAGCAAAGCAAAACAAACACCAAUUAAGACCCGGGGGCACGCGUCACUUUCGCCUUUUAAGGAGAAAGCGCCAGAGGUCUCCCUCCCGGCUCCUCGCAGCCCCCGAACAAGCCGAAGAGACCCGAACCGCGGCGAAGCCGGCUCCGCCAUCAUGGAAGUGCAGAAGGAAGCGCAGCGCAUUAUGACCAUGUCGGUGUGGAAAAUGUACCACUCGCGGAUGCAGCGCGGCGGCCUGCGCCUCCACCGCAGCCUGCAGUUGUCGCUGGUGAUGCGCAACGCCCGGGACCUCUACCUCUCGGCCAAGCUGGAGGAAGAGGACGAGAUGGCCGCGGGCGGAGGGAGCGGCGAGGACUUUGCCGGGCGCCCGGAGCCGCAGCUGGACCUGCAGGGCGAGGCGCCCGCCCCUCAACAUCUGGAGGCGCCUCCGGCGACCCCCUUCCCCCACGCCCUGUCGGAGCCGGGGCCUCUCCCCGCCGUACAGCCAUCGGAGGCGCCGCCGCCUGCUCUCCCUUGCGCCACUCUUGAUCCGGAGCCCAUGGAGACCCAGGAGGAGCCCGACGGCAGCUCGCCCGCGCCGCCCGCGCCUCCGCCGGCGUGGAGCCGAGGCGCCCCCGGGCCACAGGCGGGCGCCGCCAAGCCUAGCCGCAAGCGCCGCAGCAGCAGCCUGGGCAAGAUCGGCGCCGCCGAAGCCGGUCUGGUGCCCAGCAAGAAAGCCAAGCUGGUGGAAGAGGAAGGCGAGCGGCAGCCGCAGCGCCAGGAGGGGCCUUUCCCGAGCUUAGCCAGGGUCCUCCAGGACCGCUUCUCCGGCUUAAUCCUCCAGCCUCCGCCGGCCAAAGGCGCCGACGAGCCCAAGGCGAGCUGCAGGCAAGGGGACGGCGUGCUGAGCAUAAUGGUGAGAGCCGUGGUGGCCUUCUAAAGCGCCCCCGCCAGGGACUCGUAGCUGGAAACCUCGCUCUCUGCGGAGAAGCGGAACCUGCUGAAGCCCCUCUCUCGGCGGAGGAGCUGAGCACCACCUCCCGCUCCCGGCCCGCCGGCCCCCUCUCCUUGGUGGCGGGGCCUGGGCGGCGAGGAAGACGCGCCGCGGGAGGCUGGUGAAGGACUGGGGGCGGGCGGCGGGGAGCGCUGGUGGGUUCCCUCCUCCCAUUUUCUCCCCCUCCGGGUUUAGGCGAGAGACGCUCUGGUGGCUGGGAAAGACGACGAGACAAAAGGCUGCGGGCAACGCGGCGGAGGAGGACGCCCCACCUCGGCCAGUAAACCCGGGACGCGGCUGCGGUGCGCUAUGCGCCGGACUGGACGCAGCGGCGGCGUGGCGGGACACGAUACUUUGGGGGGGCGGCGGCGGCGGGGAGCGAACUCUUGGAAAACGGGGGAGGCUCGCAGCCCGUCGGGCCUUCGGAAUCCGGAUUCGGGCGGAAAGCAAGCGCGAUGUGUGCUGGGUGCACUUUUUUUUGGUGCUAGUCGAUAACAAUGACGUGUUCAUUCUGCCGUUCCUUAACUAAAGUUAAUUGCCAGAUCUGAGUUUAUGUUUCUGUCUCCUCUCCCCCUCCCCCUUUUUUUCUCUCAACGGGACUGGAAAGGUCUUAAGGAUUGUUAGGCAGCUCCCCUGAAGGGUUAAAAAGAGUCAUGCUGAGAAUUGUCGAAGAAAAGCAGCUUUUGUCAGUCCCGCUCCUGUCUGCCCAGUAUUCUUUUCCUCAGGGCCAUCCCUUUUUUUCUUACCUAGUAAUUAAGAACGAUGAAGUGGCCUGUUUCUUUGUGCCAGAGAAGAUCUCCGAACCAGAUUAGUCUUGCCAAAGUGUGUGUGCUGAGCAGGAACAGAAGGAGGGGAGGGGGAAAAAACCCAACCAGUCAUACUAGUUAUGACACAUCUCUCAUAUGACUAGCAUUUGCAUUACACUGGGUCCACGACUGCAGGGGAUUUCCUGCUUCUGUUGCCUUGGCUGUGUGUGUGUGUGGUUGUUGUGGUUGUUGUUUUUUAAGGUGUGGGUGGAGCCCUGAAUGUCUGGAGGGUGGGGGAGAGGAAGACAAGUGGUUUUUCUUCCCCUAAAGAUGUCAUCUUAAAAGCUCGCUGGCGGUUUUCCUAGAUGACUGAAGCUGUUUGUGCACUGAACAGUAAUGAGGGGUACUGUUUUACAUCCACAAACAUUUUUCUCUUUCCACUCCAUAUGCAGCUUGGAUAUUUUUCACCCAAAUCAGGAGAAUGGGGGCAAAGAAACCUGUAUUCUUUAAAUGGGUGUGUUCUGCAGUGUCUUGUCUCUAAAAAACAAACAAAAAAAACAGUAUAUCAAGUCAUUUCAUGAGAUUUCUUGACACCGUUUUUGCCUUUGUUCAUGAUUUUUUCCUCCACUCUCUUCUCAAAUGUAUGAAACAGUUGCUGUUGUGCUGGAUUUAUCUGUUGUGUCAUCUCAGUGCUUCAAAAGUGUUAGUUUGAUUCAAGCUUUAGGGUUGGGAGGAGAACAGUAAGAAUGUCUUCUGAAACUGGUUUUCAAAAUGGGCAGUAGAAUGGUCACUGUCAAGGUACUUUGUAAUGCUAAUUGUAUGUAAUCUGCAUUUGUCUCAAAGAGGGCAAAAUACAAGUUUAUUUGGUUUUAUCCUCAUGGUGUUAAUAUUUUUGGUCACUGAAAUAAAGGCCAUCUUUUUUUUUA